CAGUUUGUGGACAGCUGGCGGGGGUCGCGGGUGGCAAAAGACGCACCGGGGUGAUAUAGCCCCUUAUCACUAGUCUCUGAAACAGGACUAGAUUGCAUACCUGGGUGGGUACGCGCCUUACGCUUCGAUGCAUAUUGCGUGCGCACGAGGCCUGGUCGGCCGCCCUGCUGUGAUCAUCAUCGGCAGCCUGUUUCCGUCCGCCGCGGCCCGCCUGCUGCGCGGCUCAGCGAGCCUGCUGUCGCCGCGCCGCUGCUGCGCCAUGGCCGGCUCGAUAUCGGACCGGCUGGUCUGGAUCGACCUGGAAAUGACCGGGCUGGACCCGGAGCGGGACCAGAUCCUGGAGGCGGCGUGCGUCGUCACCGACGGCCGGCUGCAGCCGCUGGAGCCGGGCCUGCAGCUGGUCGUGCACCAGCCCGAUUCAGCGCUGGCCGCCAUGGACGAGUGGUGCCGCGAGCACCACGGCCGCUCGGGGCUGACUGAGGCCGUACGGCGCAGCACUGUGGACCUGGCGACGGCCGAGCAGCGCCUGCUCGAGUACGUGCGCCGCCUGACGCCGGCCGGCCAGUGUCCGCUGGCCGGCAGCAGCGUGCACAUGGACCGCGUCUUCCUGAUGCGGUACAUGCCGCGCCUGCUCGCCCACCUGCACUAUCGCAUCGUGGACGUCUCGUCUCUGAAGGAGCUGGCGCGCCGCUGGCGACCGGACGUGUACGAGGCCGGCCGCGGCAAACUGUGCGCCCACCGCGCGCUCGAGGACAUCGGUGAAAGCAUCGCCGAAUUGCGCCUAUAUCGAGACCGCUUCAUCAAAACGGAGGCGUAGGUGCUGCACUCCUCCGGCGCCGCCACGGAGUCACUAUUCGGCGUUCGAUGUGAUAGUCGUCAACACGGGUUCCACGCACUCAGCGCUAGAAGUUCUACGUCACCAGCGCCUACAAGCAGGAAGUUUUUGUCACAUACGUGGUCAGUGUCACUAUUUAUUCUGUCUGUCACUACCUCCUUUACCACCAUAUGCUGCCAGCUGUGCAAUUACCGUGAUACUGACCGACUGAGCCAUGAGACCAAUAAGAUGAGUGGAGCCAA